AGCUCCUCAUCUUCUCUUCUCCCAACGUCAACGUGCGCGAAUUAUCUCGUGCCUUCCUUUUCGUUUCUGCUAGAUUGUCGUAUCUUCCUAUUUUGCUAUUCUCAAGCAAUCGAAGUAGCAGCCACUCUGCUAAAGCCGCGCUGUCGCUCUUCUCCUAACGCCUCGUGUUUAUUAUUAUUUUACCGUAGAAAGUAAAGGUUUUUUCUUCUUUUCCCCCUUUCAGCGCUGUAAUGGGCAAGAUUGAACUCACCGUGUGUGCGGCGCGCAAGCUGCACGAUGGCCAGCUGGUCGGCCUCCCCGACCCCUUUGUGCGCCUCACGACCGGCGACAAAAAGUACAAAACGCAGGUGGUGAAGAACAACCUCAACCCCGAGUGGGAGGAGACGUUCCGCUUCAACAUCGCGGACGAGAUGAGCACGCAGAUCCGGCUGGAGGUGUGGAACAAGUGUACCUACGACGACGACCUUAUGGGCUACUACACCCUCUCCGUCGGUGGCCUCACCAAGGGUAUCGUGAAGGACCAGUGGUACAUCCUGGAGAAGUCCAAGACGCAGGCGGAGUUGCACGUGCGCGUCCUCGCCGUCGACUUCGGCGCCCUCCCAAAGCCGGAGGAGCAGUGGAUGGUCACGUCCGACAUCACCCGCGACCCGGUGAAGCGCGCCAUCGAGGACGGGACGUGGCGGCCGGGGCAGAAGACGGCUCCACCGCCGUCGGGUCCGCCGCAGCAGCCACAGCCGCAAGUGUAUGCGCAGCCCCCCGUUGUUGCCGUCCAGCAGGCACCUCCGCAACAGCCGCAAGUUCAGUACGUGCAACAGGCGCCAGCCGCCCAGCCUGUCCAGUACGCCGCCCAGCCGGUGCAGUACGCCCCUCAGCCCCCACAGCAGGUUCAGUACGUUCAGCAGCCGCAAUACGUUCAGCAGCCGCCACCGCAGGUGCAGUACGUGCAGCAGCCACAAUACGUGCAGCAGCCGCAGCCCGGCUACUACCAGCAGGCACCUCCGCCACCGCCGCAGGGGUAUUACUCGCAAGCCCCGCCGCCGCCACAGCCGAGCCAGCAGGGGUACUACGCACAGCCGCCGCCGCAGGGCUAUGCUCCGCAGCCGUAUUACCAGUACUAA